AUUCAAUGUUUGUUCGAUUAUUUUAUAAAUUAUUUAAUAAGUAACUAGCAGCCGGUAAACAUUUACUACCUUUGCCUGCUUUCUCUGGAUUGUAGAGCGUGCAGUCAAAGGCAAGCCUCUUGCAGAGAAAAUUGAUGUUAAAGUUGAUGAAGUGAAGUCCAUUCUUUUUGCAGAAGAGCCUUUUGAUGAAUUUGAAAAGAGUUAUUUUUGUAGUUAAAUUAUCCUUAGAACUGCUUAAAGAGAUAGUUGAAUUCCUUUAACAAAAAUCAUUAAUAUAAAAAUCAAUUUAUAGUGAACCAGUGUCUUAAAAAUAUUUACUUUAAUUUGGUUGAAAAAGAAAUGCCUUUUUAUGGACAUUCCUGAUGCAGUUUUGGGGAAACUGAUUUUGGUGACAACGGUUACAGUUUACCUGGUUUUCGUUUUUUGGAUUAAUUUCUAUCCUUUCAUAGACGAAGAUCUUGCCGUCUACAAAUACAUUCCUGAUCCACAGUGGGCAUUACUAGCUUGUGCCGUUUGGGGCUUCUUCUUCAUCGGGGGACUCAUGUUGUUCACUCUAUACCACAUAUAUCCACAUCUCUAAGAUAUUUACAUAGAGCUCAAAUCACAAUGGCACACGCGAAAAUGGACAACUGGAUUAUCAUAGGAGUAUCCGGUGUUACAUGCGGAGGGAAAACGACUCUAGCCAAAAAGUUAAAAAAUUUGCUCACACCGGUGUAUGUUUUCCAUCAAGAUAAGUAUUUCUAUCCCGAUGACAGUCCUCAUCAUGUUAAAUGUGACGGCUUAGAGCACAACAACUACGAUAUACUGUCAUCUCUAGACAUGCAAGCCAUGUUCAGUGAUAUUAUGAAGACUGUGGAAGGGGAAAAUAAAGCGCAUUCGUUCAGUGAAGAUAGAAGUGGGGGCAAGUUAGAAGUGAGCGGUAAAAAGUUUAUCGUGUUGGAAGGGUUUACGGUGAUGAACUAUAAACCUAUCAUGGAAAUUUGUAAUUUAAGAUACUACUUCGUGUUAGAAUACGGCGAGUGCCUGUCUCGUCGCUGUUACCGGCUGUACGAGCCGCCCGACGUGGAGGGCUACUUCGACCAGUGCGUGUGGCCCGAACAUAUCCGAUAUAGAGCCGAAAUAGAGAAGGACGGCCGAGUCAAAAUCUUAGACGGAACGAGUCACGACACUCUGGAUGUCGUCAUCUCAGACCUCAAAACUCUCGGGGCUGUUCAAGUUUAACACAUAAAGGAGGUCUAUAGUUUAACACAAAAAUUAGAUAGUGCUGGACUUUUUAUAACACAAAUAUGUUUAUAACAUUUUAAACGAUUAGAAUAUGAUUAUAAAUCGAGAUACAUUUAUUUAUAGUUAUAUAUAUUUUGCAUACACGUUAUAUUGGCUAGACCACUGAAGUCACUAACGAUUUUCUGGAGAUAGUUAUUAUAUAAAACAUUUUAUACUAAAGGAUCAACGUCAAUACCGCUUAUUGUAUUACAUGUAUGAGACAAAAUGUGUUGUAUCGUGGGUUAAAAUUUAUAAACACAGUAUUUUUGUAUGUUCACACGUUUCUUGUUUAUGAUGCUACACGUUACAUAAUAAAUAUAUAUAUAUAGAGAGGUUCUUAAUC